CAGGCGGGGUGUGAAGGGCGUUUCAUUUUCAUCCUCAAUUUCUCUUCUUCCAUCCGAAAGAAUCCUCUCUUCCGAUUGAAAUCGCUCAUAACAGAUACUGCAGAUUGCAUCUGUGUAUUUAUUCGUCCUGUUUUUUUCUUUUCUUUUUUUUUUGUUCAAUUCUCGUCGCCAUGUCCAAGAGAGUUCUUUGCAAGUUCUUUGCACAUGGUGCUUGUUUGAAAGGGGAGCACUGUGAGUAUUCACAUGACUGGACAGCUCCAUCAAACAAUAUAUGUACCUUCUAUCAGAAAGGAAUAUGUACCUAUGGAAAUCGAUGCAGAUAUGAGCACGUUAAGGCUUCUCGUCCAUGGUCCGGUGCAUCAUCAUCAUCAUCGAGAACUUCCUCACAGCCCCCCAUUUCAGGGUCUCUUCCUCAAGUCUUGUCUUCUAGGAGUGGAGUCCAUUCCAUCUCCAAUUCUGUUGAGGUUUCUUCACGAAGUAGACCUUCAGGCCCCCGCGACCAACCUGCAUGGAAUCGAGGCUUUGAGCAGCGUGAUUAUGUUGAUGGCAGUGACGUCAUAGAGUCUAGAACUGUCAGACCAGCUGAUCAGUCUAUUUGCUCAUUUGCCGCCGCUGGCGAUUGUCCUCGUGGAGAAGCUUGCCCUCAUAUUCAUGGAGAUUUAUGCCCUACCUGUGGAAAGCACUGCUUGCAUCCUUUUAGACCUGAAGAAAGAGAGGAGCAUAUGAAGACUUGUGAGAAAAAGCAAAAGCAGCUUGAGGCAUUGAAACUUAGUCAAGAAAUAGAAUGCAGUGUAUGCUUGGAUCGUGUUCUUUCGAAACCCACUGCAGCUGAAAGGAAGUUUGGUAUAUUGUCAGAAUGUGAUCAUGCGUUUUGCAUAACGUGCAUCAGGAACUGGCGUAGUAGCUCACCAACUACUGGAAUGGAUGUGAAUAGUUCAUUGAGGGCCUGCCCGAUAUGUCGCAAGCUUUCUUACUUUGUCAUACCCAGUGUCAUUUGGUACACCACAAAAGAAGAAAAAGAGGAAAUUAUCGACAACUACAAGUCCAAACUCAAGUCAAUUGAUUGUAAGCACUUCAAUUUUGGAGAUGGAAACUGCCCAUUUGGGACUAGUUGUUUUUACAAGCACGCAUACAGAGACGGACAGCUGGAGGAAGUUGUUUUGAGGCAUCUAGGAGCUGAAGAUGGAGAAACAGUGAUAGCUAAGGAUAUUAGGCUGUCGGACUUUCUUGGUGACCUACGGAUUAGUUAAGCAUAUGUCUUUAGUACACUCCAAGGGAUGAAUGCCUAUUUGAAGUAUUUGUGAAUUUUCCUUAUCUGUUGGCAUGGCAUCUCUUCAUCGGUUGUUGAGGUGAGUUUGAAUUUUAGGUUUUCCAGUUUUCCAAUCUGAUAAGAAAACAUUUUGCUUCCCCAAUUAUGUCUGCCUCGGUUGGACUGCUUGAUGAUAACUUUCCACCUAGGGAUAAAACCUGUUGUUUGCAUUGUUCUUGUACUUUUGAGGCACAAGGAGUUAAAUGCCUUUUACUGUCUGAAGUGAUACAAAGUCCAUGUGAGCAUGUGCCCUUUUUCUGCACUGGCCUGAUGCUUAUGUUGAAUGUGAAAAUGACAACUUUUUAUAAGAACUUGAGACCUAAGUGGAAGGUUUGCUGGAGCAUUAGGUCUUAGUUCUCUAUACACCCUUGCUAAUUGCUAUGAGGCUUGUCGCUUUCACGUCUUUAGACUGAAAUAACAAAGGCUCUUUGUUGUUGUUAGAUGCUUCUUCUGUUAGUGGUUGCUCUUAGCAACAUUCGUGAGAUACUUUCGCACUAUAUGUGCUUAUCUGUCCCAUUGUGUAGACCAUGGGGGAUUGUUUUUGCUAAUCUGCUUGGCUUUGUUAAGAGGGAAAGCUUUGUUUCCAAUGUAUCCUGGAGUUUGUAGAAUAAGUGGGCCUUGCAGAACAUUUAGUCCUCGAUAUCUUAUUCUGGGUAAUUUGAGAGACGGUGCUACUGGACAGCGAGGAAUGAUGUAUAAAUCUCUUUCUUAUGACUCAUCCUUUUUGUUUGCAUCAGAUCCGGAGUUGUCUGCCCUAAUUUGGAUCCUUUGGAUAUGCAGAGCUUUACAAUAAAGUAAAUUGUAUCUGGAAAAGAAUAAAGGGUGAA